CCACCCCCACCCCUACCCCACCCCCCCGAAUAGGUUUUGUUUGAGGGCUAUAAAUACCAACACUUUGUUCCACAAAUAUCAUCUCACUGCAGAUAGAAAUAUUUAUUUGGUUAGAUAAGAGAAUUAUAAUUAGUAUUUAAAUAGUAGUAGACUGUCAAAGCCCGGCCCGAUGGAGUUAGCGAAGGGAGGAGUGCGUUGGGCUUUGCCAGUUGUGGUGUACGUUUGUUGUUGUUUAGUGUUUUUGCUAAACCUAAACAGCAGCAACGGCGUCGAAGCGUCGCAUAACGUUUUCAUGCACCUACAGUCUUUGUCCGCCGUCAAUGUCAGAAAGGAACACCGUACCGGCUACCACUUUCAGCCCACCAAACACUGGAUUAACGAUCCAAAUGGACCAAUGUACUUCAAUGGAGUGUACCACCUCUUCUACCAGUACAAUCCCAAAGGUGCUGUUUGGGGCAACAUUGUGUGGGCCCACUCAGUCUCCAAAGACUUAAUCAACUGGGAAAAAGUCGAACACGCAAUCUACCCAUCGAAGCCGUUCGACAAAUACGGGUGCUGGUCCGGGUCGGCAACAGUCCUACCCGGAAACAAACCCGUUAUCCUCUACACCGGAAUCGUCGACGACAAAAACUCACAAGUCCAAAACUACGCUGUCCCGGCUAAUCUAUCCGAUCCUUAUCUCCGCGAAUGGAUUAAGCCCGAUAACAACCCUUUGAUCGUCUCCGAUCCAUCCAUCAACGCCACUUUCUUCCGCGACCCGACGACCGCAUGGCUCGGCAAAGACGGCCACUGGAGGAUCACCAUCGGCGGCAGAAGGAACCGCAGAGGAAUCUCGUACUUGUACAGGAGUAGGGAUUUCGUGCACUGGGUUAAGGCGAAGCACGCGCUGCACACUUCCGCGGGAACCGGCAAUUGGGAGUGCCCGGAUUUCUUCCCCGUUUCGGUUUCGGGUACGAAUGGAUUGGACACGUCUGUCGUGGGGCCCAACGUGAAGCACGUGCUGAAGGUGAGCCUUGACGCCACGAGGUUCGAGUACUACACUUUGGGUUCUUACGAAAAAGACAGAUAUACCCCUGAUCCGGACAUGAUUGAUGGAUGGAAUGGAUUGAGGUACGACUACGGAAACUUCUACGCCUCCAAAUCUUUCUUCGACCCGAGCAAGAACAGAAGGAUUCUUUGGGGUUGGGCUAAUGAGUCUGAUUCUACUGAUAAAGAUAUCAAGAAGGGUUGGGCCGGCGUUCAGCUAAUCCCACGUACCCUUACGCUCGAUCCGAGCGGGAAGCAGUUGCUGCAGUGGCCCGUCGAGGAAGUCGAAAACCUAAGAAAGAAUAAAGUGGAAUUGAGCAACAAGAUUCUCAACAAGGGCGAAACUGUCGAAAUCAAAGGAAUAACAGCUGCACAAUCUGAUGUGGAUGUUACUUUCUCGUUCGGGAGCUUGGAUAAAGCCGAGCCGUUCGAUCCAAGCUGGGAUAGAUAUGAUGCACAGAAGCUUUGCGGCCAGAAGGGUUCGACCGUCGAAGGUGGAUUGGGACCGUUCGGAAUAUUGACGUUGGCUUCACAGAAUCUUGAGGAAUAUACUCCUGUCUUCUUUAGGGUUUUCAAGGAUCAAGACAAGUAUCAAGUUCUUAUGUGCUCUGAUGCAUCAAGGUCCAGUGCAUCGGUAGAUAAGACUAAGAUGGACGAUGGGAAGGAUGCGUACAGACCCUCGUUUGCAGGGUUCGUGAACGUGGACUUGAACGAAAAGAAGCUUUCUCUCAGGAGUUUGAUCGAUAAUUCGGUGGUGGAGAGCUUUGGAGCGGGAGGAAAGACGUGCAUAACGUCUAGGGUAUAUCCGGCUCUGGCAUUGUACGGAAAUGCGCAUUUGUAUGCAUUCAACAAUGGCAGUGAGACUGUGAAGAUUGAUAGUUUGAAUGCAUGGAGUAUGAGUAAGCCAGUGAAGAUGAACCAUUGAGAGAUGGAUUGUUAUUGAUCAAUAAUGCAUUUGACAGAGAUUGUGGGAGACGCACGGACGAAUAAUAAUUUCGAUUAUUUGAUUUUUCGAUGCUUUUUUUUUCGGUUUUUGAUUCAGUUUUUGUUUUCGAGUUUUAGUCGGAAUAAUGUAUAUAUUUGUGAAUAAAAUUUCCAAGUAUCUGAUUGAUAUUUGGUUAUUUUCUCAACUUCUUCAUUGGUUGUUU